ACGUUCUUUUUUUUAUGUAGGAAAAAAAAACGCUUUUUUAACUGUUUCUUUACAUAUCAUGUGCGCGUAUAGCCGCUCUCUCAAGGCGGUUACCCCCUCCUAGUACACCGCGCCCGUGUUGCUUGACUUCGAUGAUCCAGUGGACAGUAUAUAAAAAUCUUCUGACUUUGAUGCUUUCCUUAUUAACUGUACUUGUUUAAACCAGGUACAUCUUUAAAGUGUUCAAAAAUCUUGUAAUGAUAUCUUCUUGAUAGCUAUAAUACUGCAUGAAAUAGUUAUACGGAACUACAUCCACUUAUAUCAUAAAUUCACCGUUUCAAUCAUAAAGUUGCGAAACAAACAUAUUGCAGUUAAUUUUGUGGUUUUUAUUUUAUUAUUACUUUAUUAUACAACAUUAAAAAGUAAAAAUAGUUAUGUUACAAAAAAUUCUUCUGACGUCACUUUGCUACUUGGGUCGUCAUCCCAAAAAUAAUUCUGUUGGAAAAACAUCUUACGAAAGGUUUUUAUGAAAGAAGGAAAUUGCGAAGUCCACAGGACGUAACACACGAGGACGUAAAAGUUUAUGAGCAACAUGUUGAAAACAAUAGUUUUACAAGCAAGAUAGCAUCUAGUAGUUUAGUGUUAUCUAAUUUUUUUAAUUGACAAUUUACUUAUACACAAAUGUUAGCAUAGAAUAAAAAGGCAAUAGCGUAGCGUAUUUCGAGCAGUUUUUUUGUUGCUGAAACAGGUAUAUUAUAUAUAACUCUUUCCUCGAAUCUGAAGGUAAUUUGUUUCUUGAUUUAACCGCGUGGAUAUAAAACAAUCUAGGAUUGUUUUGCGUAUUGAUAUUUGUCUUGUUCUUUCUCACUUUACGUAAAUUGUAAUCUUUGAAACGCUAAAAAUGAUAUUGCAAAAAUAAAACUUUAAGCAAACAUUUCUUAUUCGUAUUCUCUAUUGCGUUUACAUUACAUCAUAUCUUCAGUGUCCGAAAUUUACACGCUUUUUAUAUUUGUAAUAUUAGAUGGAACAUCACGGUUACAUGGCGAAGAUUUUAUUAAAAAUCCGAUUAAAUUUUAUCGAACCCUAUAAUAUUUUAGGAAAUUUAUUUAAUAAAACAUUAUUUUCUGCUCCCUCCCAGUAAAAAUCAUUCGUUAUAAUCGAUCGGCGAUCGCGGGAUAAUGGAAAACUUCCAAAUCCUAUGCGGCAUUACUGCCGUAAUUCUCGCUUUGUAUUAUUUCUUAACGUCAAACUUCGACUUUUGGAAAUCACGCGACGUCCGUGGUCCACGACCGAUACCGGGAUUCGGCAACUUAAAAGAUGUUAUGCUCGGAAAAGUAAUGUUGAGUGAUUAUUCAAUGAAAUUGUACCACGAUUACAAAGACGAGCCGUUGAUUGGGAUAUUCAAUGGGAGGACACCCAUCCUGAUCGUAAAGGAUCCAGAUUUAAUUAAAAAUGUCCUCAUCAAAGAUUUCCCCACGUUCGCCGACAGAGAACUCUCCACUGUUCACGAAAAGGCCGAGCCGCUGUCGCAAAAUCUCUUCAAUCUAGAACCGAAGCGAUGGCGACCGUUAAGAGCGAAACUGUCGCCUACCUUUACAUCUCGUAAAUUGAAGGAGAUGUUCUCGUUGAUAUCAGAGUGCGCUGACCAUCUUAUGGAUUAUACGGAAGAAUUAGCGAGAAGGAACGAGCCCGUAGAGUGCCGUGAGCUGAUGGCCAAAUACGCGAUUGACGUCAUCGGCAGGUGCGCCUUCGGUAUCGAGAUGAAUGCCCUGUUGAACGACGACAGCGAUUUUCGCAGAAUAAGAAGAAACGUGUUUCGUCCACCCUGGUCGGAUUCUCUGCGAUACAAAAUCAAAAAUUAUUUACCGUUGUUGUACGAUGUCUUAGGCUACAUCCUGCCGGAUACGGAGAUCACAGACUUCUCCACGCGUUUUGUCGUGGACAUUAUAAACUACAGAGAAAAAAAUAAUAUUGUUAGAAAGGAUUUCAUUGACACGCUACGCGAGUUAAAGAAACAUUCAGAUAAAGUGGGCGAUUUUGAUUUUACUGACAGUUUGAUGGCUUCUCAAGCAUUUUCGUUUUUCGUUGGUUUCGAGACCUCAUCGAUGGUGAUGAGUUGCGCGCUUUACGAGCUGGCUUUAAAUCAGAAAAUACAAGACAAAUUACGUGAAGAAAUUGAUGAGGAAUACACGAAGCACGAUGGUAAUUUAACGUACGAAGACAUUAAGAAAAUGGAGUACUUGAAUAAGAUAUUCAAAGAAACUUUACGAAAAUAUCCACCUGCAUCGUUCUUACCGAGAAAAUCGACGUCGAGUUAUACUUUCAGCGACAUCGAAGUCAGUAUACCGAAGGAGCAAAAGAUAUGGAUUCCCAUCUUCGCGCUUCAACGUGAUCCGCGUGUUUAUUCAGAACCAGAUAUUUUCGAUCCGGAAAGAUUUAGUGAGGAGGCUGUGCAAAAUAGGCACCCGAUGUUUUUCCUUUCUUUCGGCGACGGGCCAAGGAAUUGUAUUGGUUCUCGCUUUGCCACUUAUCAAACUAAACUUGGGCUUAUAAAGAUACUACGAAACUACAAAGUCGAAACUUGCAAGGAAACGGAAAUACCUUUAGUCUUGCGCGAAGAUUAUGUAAUAACACUGAAAAAUGGAGUUUACUUAAAAAUAAUUAAAAUCAAUCGAGCUGACGAGAGAGGGAGAGAUCAAAGAGCAGAGAGAGAGAGUUUCGGCGAUUGCGGGAUGGAAAACUUCCAAAUCCUAUGCGGCAUUGCCGCCGUCAUUCUCGCUCUCUGUUAUUACUUAACGUCGAACUUCGACUUUUGGAAAUCACGCGGCGUCCGUGGUCCACGACCGAUACCGGUAUUGGGCAACUUAAAAGAUGUUAUGCUUGGAAAAGUAAUGUUGAGUGAUUAUUCAAUGAAAUUGUACCACGAUUACAAAAACGAGCCGUUGAUUGGGAUAUUCGAUGGGAGGACACCCAUCCUGAUCGUAAAGGAUCCAGAUUUAAUUAAGGAUAUCCUCAUCAAAGACUUCCCCAUGUUCGCCGACAGAGAACACUUCACUGUUCACGAGAAGGGCGAGCCGCUGUCGCAACAUCUCUUCAAUCUGGAAUCAAAUAAAUGGCGACCGUUAAGAGCGAAACUGUCGCCUAUCUUUACAUCUCGUAAAUUGAAGGAGAUGUUCUUGUUGAUAUCAGAGUGUACCGAUCAUCUUGUGAAUUAUACGGAAGAAUUAGCGAGCAGGAACGAGCCCGUAGAGUGCCGUGAGCUGAUGGCCAAAUACACGACCGACGUCAUCGGCAGCUGCGUUUUCGGCAUCGAGAUAAAUGCUCUAUCAAACGAGAACAACGAUUUUCGCAGGAUAGGAAGAGAUGCGUUCAAUCCGCCCUUCUGGGAUGGCGUACGAUUCGUCAUCAAGGAAUACUUGCCGUGGCUUUUCGAUGUCCUCUACGGCUACAUCCUGCCGCAAUCGGAGAGCACCAGGCUCUUCAUGCGUCUCGUCGUGGACAAUAUGAACUACAGAGAAAAGAAUAAUAUUGUUAGAAAGGAUUUUAUUGACACGCUACGCGAGUUAAAGAAACAUUCAGAUAAUAUGGGCGAUAUCAAUUUUACUGACAGUUUGAUAGCUGCUCAAGCAUUCGCGUUUUUCCUUGGUGGUUUCGAGACCUCAUCGACGGCGAUGACUUGCACGCUUUACGAGCUGGCUUUAAAUCAGAAAAUACAAGACAAAUUGCGUGAAGAAAUUGAUGAGGAAUACAUGAAGCAUGAUAGUAAUUUAACGUAUGAAGACAUCAAGAAAAUGGAGUACUUGAGUAAGGUACUCAAAGAAACUUUACGAAAAUACCCAGUUGCAUCGUUCUUACCGAGAAAAUCGACGUCGAGUUAUACUUUCAGCGACAUCGGAGUCAGUAUACCGAAGGAGCAAAAGAUAUGGAUUCCCAUCUUCGCGCUUCAUCGUGAUCCGCGUGUUUAUCCAGAGCCAGAUGUUUUCGAUCCGGAAAGAUUUAGUGAAAAAGCUGUGCAAAGUAGACACCCGAUGGCUUAUAUACCUUUCGGCGACGGGCCAAGGAAUUGUAUUGGUUCUCGCUUCGCUAUUUAUCAAACUAAACUUGGGCUCAUAAAAAUACUACGAAAUUACAAAGUCGAAGCUUGCGAGAAAACGGAAAUACCUUUAGUCUUGCGUGAACUUUUUAUAAUAAGACCGAAAAAUGGAGUUUACUUAAAAAUAAUUAAAAUCAAUCGAGCGUCGGCGUAAGUUAAGCUGUUCUUUAAUUUUUCUAAAAAACGUGCAUAAAAAAACAGAGAAGAGAAUCUCUGACAAAUUGUAUAAUAAGAGUCACUAUUCCGACUGCAAUAUAAUAUUUGUUAAUUUUAUUGAUAUCGUUUUUGUAUAAAAACAGUGACGAUCAGAGAGCAGAGAGUUGGGUGUCUGCUUUCUGUGCCUAGAUUCAAAUCCGUCCUAAAAUAUCGGAUUCGACUGUCAUUUCUUGAGAACGUAAUGGCAAACCUAGGCUGCGGUCCACUUGACGCUACAAAUGCUUCGAAGUAUUCCUCUUCUCCUUUCUUUUAAUGAAGAAAGAAAGAGAAGAAGAACGCUUCAAAGCAUUUGUAGCGUCAAGUGGACCGCAGCCCGAAUAGUCCGUUUGGAACCGGCAUAUAUAUAAUAUUAAAUAUAUACAAUAUUAAAUUGUAGAUUUCAUCGAUUUAUAUAAUCUGCUAUAAAGAGCAUACUAUAAAUAUACGCAGCUUAUUUUUAUUACCCUCCUGCAGUGUUGAGCUAGUAAUCUAUGUCCAUGAAAAUUAAAAUACUACGAAAUCAUCAAGAAACUAAGGCCCGGUUGCGUUUUUAACUGUCCCAUUUAGAAAGAGACGAAGAGUACGCGACGUUGAUGCAACCGAGUCUAAGAGAGUUGAAGGUCGGAUUUGAGUAGCUCUCUACUUCUUGAAAGAGGCGAAAGUCUAACUUAGGCUGUUGUGCCAUUUAUUAUGAUGGAUGAUGAUGUAUAAUAACAUCUCAUUGCGAUAUCAGUUAGUAAUUAGAUCGUUUAAAUGUAAAUUAUAAAUAUUUUUGCGUACGUAAAUUAACCCUAGCUAGCUACAAUUAUUUUCGAGUCCUUAAUUCGCCACACUUCGGUCCGUGAGCCCGCUCGACUUUGUCGCAUUGUCAUUUUCAUUCUAAUUGAUAUUUAUAAGCUUGUGAUGUAAGAAUUGGAAAUACAGAGUCUGAAUAAAAUGUUCAUGAUAAAA